GUAAAUCAGAGUUGCGCAAAACCAAAAAACAAGGCAGGGCCGCUGUACGGGCACGGGCACAUAAAAACAAAACACAACAAAUCUUUGUUUGCUACCAGCUGCUCGUGUGUACAGUUUAUUAUUUGAGUGUUUACAUUGGUCGGGCCAUGGCUGAGGUACCAGAGAGUGAGCCCAUCGCGUCGUCCAGCGUGUCGCUCGCGGGCGCGGACGCCGAGAUGAAGGAGGAGGAGGGCCCGUCGCCCGAGAAGCGCAGGAAGCUAGACCAGGGCGGGCAGGAGAAGCUGGAGCACCGGCUGGGCGGCAUCCUGUGCUGCGCCGUGUGCCUCGACCUGCCGCCGGCCGCCGUCUACCAGUGCAGCAACGGGCACCUGAUGUGUGCCCCAUGCUUCACGCACCUGCUGGCGGAUGCACGGCUGCGGGAUGAGGCCUCCACGUGCCCCAACUGCCGCGUGGAGAUCAGCAAGACCUCCGCCUCCCGGAACCUGGCCGUGGAGAAGACCGUCUCCGAGCUGCCCAGCGAGUGCAAGUACUGCGCCUGUGUGUUCCCACGCCACUCGCUGCAGCACCACGAGGAGAAGAAGUGUGAGGAGAGGCGGUACAAGUUCGGGCAGCUGGUGGUUGGCGGGCGCGGGGGCGGGGGCGGGUGGGCGGCGGGGGCGGCGCGCGUGCUGGCCGCCGUGUACCAGCUGCUACUGGCGGCGCUGGGCGGCUCGGCCGCGCGCGGGGUCAAGCGCCGGCGCCUGCGCAGGCUGACUGGGUGCCGCUACGCGUGCAUCGGCUGCCCGUGGCGCGGGCCGCACCACGAGUGCGCGGCGCACGAGGCGGCCUGCGCCAGCCCCGCCCGCAGCGCCGCCGACGUCAUCGACGCGCUCGCCGCUCGCGAGCGACUCUACCAGGAGGAGAAUAAGGUCUACAAUCAAGUGAUAGACCUGCUGUCGUAUGAGAAGAUCACGUUCAAUGACCUGCAGCUGAAGCCGUACCGCACGGAAGAGUUCGUGCACAAGCUGUACUACGAGACCUCCCGCUUCUCCGCGUUCGGCGCGCAGUGGGUGGCCAAGGCCUUCGUCAACAAGAACCAGCGCGACCCCACGCAGAGCUACGAGCGCGAGCUCAGCUACCAGCUAAUCCUCAAGAGCAAGACGUCCUGCCCCCUCCCUCUCCAGUGGCUAGCUCUGCGAGGCCCGUACGGCGAGGCGGCGGUGCGGCCGCGCGUGGCGGAGCACGCCUUCGCGGAGGACGCGCCCGACAGCGCGCCGCAGCCGCUGCCGCUCGCUGACCCCGCUGACACGAAUCGGCUGCUGUCUAAUAAGGCUAUUCACUUCAGACUCAUCAUGUUUCUGGCGUCGAAGUGAUCGCUGGAGGAACUGCACGACGACUAACGACACCCGAAUUUAAACCAAUCUUUGCACCCCCUUACAUCACCAAUAACCAAAGAUUUGAAUGCUCUCGACAUCACUCUUCAACCGUAAUUAACUUUAUUCAAUUUGCAGAAUUAUCUCUAUUGGUCGAAAAUUAAACUAGGCCGUGGCUUCAAUUCUAUUGGCCAAUCACAUUUCUUGCUACCUACAUUCAUUUCUUUCUUAUUAUCUUUAAAUCUAGGCAUGGUGACUUAGUUUUUCUCGCUUUAUACUCAACUUGCCAUAAAAUUAAUAGUGAAAUACAUGGGUGUGUCUUACCGACUGUUUCAAAAUGGCCAUAAUGUUUUUAGUGUGGUCCUAUUGUUCCCUAAUGUUAGUAACGAUGUCAAGGUGUCCUGAGGAUAAUAAUGAAAUGUACAUUUUAUUGUACAUGUAAUACUGCUAGCGGCAGUUCGAAACAUCAUAUUUUAUAUAUCAAAUAAAUGCAAUAAUUUUAGUGAUCUCAAAAUAUUCUUCGGAACGUGUUGUUGGUACUUCGAUUGACUGAAAAUUCAGAGAUUAGACAUAUUUUUGAGUACAAAAUUUAACUGAAUUUAGAUGUAAGUGGUAUCUCCAUUCGUAGGCUAGACUGGUGUUCGCUUCCCGUUCUUUAAUAUUAGCUUUAAUUAUAUCAUUGACGUAUAUUGUUAGAUAAUCGGGUCCUUGGUGUUUAUAUUAAAAUUAUAAUACUUUAAUCUAUUUGUGUAUUCAGCAAUAAUUAUUUCUACUAGCACCAAAUUAUUCAAAAUUGACUGACUGCCUUUUUGUCAAAGAUACAAAAUUUUAUUUCUACAUUAUUUACACUCGUGUCAUAUUUUAGAUUUAGGUUUAUGGUAAUAUCUUGUGUGAAAAUGUCGUGUGCGAUUUUAAAUUUAUUUACAAAUAGUUUCUAGUUAAUUUUGUGCGUGUGUUUGUAACCUGAAUUAUUAUAAUCGUGACUUAUUAAUGACUUAUAAUUUUAUUACUUUUUGCAACGUGGCGCUACUGAGCUGUGUGAGCGUUGAAGUUGAAAAUUAAUAGCAAUUUAUUUUGAAAUAAAGUGCUCAGUUUUUGAAAAAAA